ACGGCGAAAUUAUUUUUAUUUGUUUUUUCAGUUUGAUUACAACAUAAAUAAUCGAUCAUGUCUAAAUCCUUGUAGUAUGAAAUUUACUUAUUUGAGGUCGGAACCUGACAAUAUUUUGAUUUCAUCUUCUGAAACCUUUCAUGUUCCCUUCUCCAAUCGUCCGAUCCUAUGUGCUCAAACACAUCCGAUCAACCAGUCCCUUCUUUAUUCUCCGGUUGUUUCGUUUCCAUUGUCCUGCCGAUGACACUGAGACGCAGACCAUUCCACAAUCCCAAUCACCGGAGCCGUCCCAGUCUCUCGUCAAAGCAAUCUGCGCCCAGGUGUGUGAUUCCUAUCACCGACAUGCCCACAUGAGAUUAUCGCCUCCAAUGCCUGACAUCAAUGUCAAUCCGUAUUCUUUGACCCACGAACAAGCAAUCACCGUUGUAGCUUCACUGGCGAGUGAAGCGGGUUCCAUGGUUGCGUUGAGUUUCUUUUAUUGGGUACUUGGAGUUUCAAAGUUUAGACAUUUCAUGAGGUUGUAUUUGGUUACUGCUACUUCUUUGAUCGGUAAUGGGAAUUUUGAAAAGGCUCAUGAAGUUAUGCAGUGUAUGGUAAGGAGUUUUGCGGAGGUUGGGAGGUUGAAGGAUGCCGUUAGUAUGGUAAUUGAGAUGCAGAACCAUGGAUUGACACCGAGUACAUUGACUUUGAAUUGUGUUCUGGGUUUGGCUGGGGAAAUGGGUUUGCUUGAUUACGCGGAGAAGGUGUUUGAUGAAAUGUCCGAGAGAGGUGUUUGUGCGGAUUGUAGCAGUUAUAAGUUGAUGGUUGUUGGGUAUUGUAGAGCGGGGAUGAUUUUGGAGGCAGAUAGGUGGUUAGGAGAAAUGGUUGAGAGAGGAUUUGUUGUUGAUAGUGCUACAUGCACGCUAGUUGUCGGUGCAUUUUCUAAGAAGGGUUUUGUUAGUAGAGCGUUUUGGUAUUUUGAUAAGAUGGUUAAGAUGGGCUUAAGACCAAAUAUGAUCAAUUUUACAUGCUUGAUUAAUGGGUUAUGUAAGAGGGGCAGCAUUAAGCAAGCAUUUGAAAUGUUGGAAGAAAUGGUUAGGGAAGGGUGGAAGCCUAAUGUGUAUACACAUACGGCUUUGAUUGAUGGGCUUUGCAAGAAGGGAUGGACUGAGAAGGCUUUUAGGUUGUUUCUGAAGCUUGUUAGAAGUGAACAGUACAAGCCUAAUGUACAUACAUAUACUUCUAUGAUCAAUGGAUAUUGCAAAGAGGAGAAAUUGAACCGGGCAGAGAUGUUAUUGACCAGAAUGAAAGAGCAGGGACUAGUUGCCAACUGCAAUACGUAUACUACUCUUAUUGAUGGUCAUUGUAAAUUAGGAAAUUUUGACAGGGCAUAUGAAUUAAUGGAUUUAAUGGGUGAAGAGGGUUUCGUUCCCAAUAUAUGCACAUACAAUGCAAUUGUGAAUGGCCUUCGUGAGAAGGGAAGGAUUCAAGAAGCCUAUAAACUGCUAAGGGAAGCCUUUAAACGUGGACUCCAACCUGAUAGAGUUACCUACACCAUUCUCAUAUCUGAGCACUGCAAACAUGCUAAUAUUAAAGGAGCCAUGGCAUUUUUGGGAAAGAUGGUUAAAGUUGGCAUUGAGCCUGAUAUGCGUUCAUAUAACACAUUGAUUGCUACAUUCUCUAGGCAAAACAGAAUGAAAGAGAGUCAGAAACUAUUUGAGGAAGCAUUGAAACUGGGCCUGGUUCCAACGAAGGAAACAUACACAUCCAUGAUUGGUGGGUACUGCAGAGAUGGACAUGUAAAGACAGCACUGAAGCUUUUCCACAGGAUGGAUGUCCAUGGUUGUGCACCGGAUAGCUUCACAUAUGGAGCUCUGAUAAGCGGACUUUGCAAAGAAUCCAAGUUGGAUGAGGCAUGCCAAUUGUACGAGACCAUGAUGGAUAAAGGGCUCUCCCCUUCUGAAGUAACUCGGCUAACACUAGCUUAUGAGUAUUGCAAGAAAGACGAUUCUGCAACAGCCAUGAUUCUCUUGGAAAGACUGGAGAAAAGGCUUUGGCUCCGGACAGUAAAUACCUUGGUGAGGAAGCUUUGCUGUGAGAAGAAAGUAGGCAUGGCAGCAUUGUUCCUUCAUAAGUUAUUGGAUAAGGAUAAUAACAUUCAUCACGUAACUCUGACAGCAUUCAUGACUGCGUGUUAUGAGAGCAACCAUUACGCCCUCAUUUCCAACUUGAAUGAAAGAAUCUCUUGAAGACUUGGUCAGCAACAGCUGCAAUAUGGGUGGGGAAAGUAGUCGAAUUUUUUUAUUCUUUUUGUUCUACAAUUUAUUUUGUAUGACAUUUGUACCCUUCAUUUUUUUUUAUUUUUUUAUUUUUUUUGUAACCUUAACCUAACAUUUCAGAAACAACAAUAAAAAUUUACUUAAAUC